AUGGGAUUCUCAGAAAUCAAGGGGUCCCCCUGCAAUUUCGAUUUCCUCCACAUAUUUCGCAAUCUGGCCAAUGUUCCGCUGUCCGAAGUUAAAGCCUGGCACGAAACCUCGAACAUCGAGAUCGGUUCUAUGGCAGACACACCUGAAAAGAGGGCAAUGGUUCGGAUUUUGCUCUACACCUACAGAGACGCUUUCGCACACACUCUCCAAGAUAUCAAGCCCUCAAAAUCCCCCGACGCACCGGUCGUUUUUCGCGUCGUCUAUGAUUUCCGCGAUUGGAAGGCUCAGGGUCGAGCCAUCAGCAAACUCGGGCAGGAUAGCUCUCUUCAACUAAUCAACAACCUCAUUACCGUACAGCACCGUCGUUUUAGAUCCGACCAGUUCCACAGGUUUUACCAGCCACCCACACAAUCAAUUUUCUUUUCCGGCAAGGUGUUCAUCCCGCCCAAUUUUCCUCCCGCAAUCACACCGAGAGGGACAGCGUGCAAACAAAUCUCCACCCUCAACGGUUUGGCAUCAAGCGACUCCCACAUUCUCUCACUUUCGGAUCGUCCCGACCUCACGAAUAACCACAUCACCACAACGCCCGACCAUUCCAUGGAAUGGUACCCGUCGACACUCUGA